GAACUGCCAUUCCGUUCAUCAUUUGUAGCCGUUGUCGUUGUUCGUAAUAUGGUAUAUGGUAUUCGGUAUUCGGUAUUCCAUAUUCCAUUCCGUGUUAUCUCAAAAGCGCGCUCUGUGCCAACUCUAGCACAUCGGUACUAACAUAUAUAGUCGACGGAUCCCUCGAACCCCCCAUUCCAUUUCCCAUUCGAUAUUCUUUCGGGCUUAUCAGAAUUCUAAGAACUCUAUAAAAGAGAGUUACUGUCUUGCAUUUGACACACCUUUUGAUGAACUUUAGUAUCUUUCACAAAGACGUCAUACGAUAUGUCCAUGAUGAUCUUUCAACCUUUUGAAGACGUCACACUUGAGACUUUCGCAUAUCCAAAAUUAAGCAUAUAUAGCACCCCCUUGUAGCUUGCAGCUAGUAGAAAGUGUGUCUUGCGCUUCGUAUUUCUCGGAAUCCACUUAAGUAAAUUUACUACGUCAAUGAUUAUAGCUAAUUUGCAUAAGCCUUGCAUUCGUGAGAGCGUUUUGACCAACUUUAUGAAUCGUAUUGAGGGGUGCACAAUAUAAACUGAAUACAUCCGAGCACUAUUCGAAACCCAUGCUCAUUAUGUGAUGUUUCCGUAGAGCUGCGCCCAGUCAGCCGAUCUGCCAUAAAAAAACUAAUCCCUCAGCGAAAAUGUUCUACCCAAUCUGCUAAAUAGGAAGGCCAACACAUAAAGUUCCGAGAUCCAGAAGAAAUAAAUAUCUGGUUACGUGACUGUUCUGAAUGCCCGACAUGCAUUUUAGCAAUGAAAAGGAAAUGAUCCAAUGUCCCAAUACGAAACGUAGAGUUACCGAUCCGUCGGCUCCAAAAAACUGCAGUACUUCGUCCACGGAUUCGGGUGUUAUACUGAAUGAUAAUGCGGCAUCUUUCCGUCCGAAGAAGGAGAACAAAGAUCGGGGGACUGAUGAAGGGCAGUCCCAAUCAAAAUCGGAAGCGAAAGCGGAAACCAAGCGUAUCAGCAUCGAGCACACCGUGAAUAUAACAAAGGAAAAAGCUGGAAAGACUUCAUCAUCGCCGACGGUUUCUAUACGAAGUACCACCAUUUCCAUUGUCUCCAUCGAUGAGAAUGCCAUCGACUCCAGUUGUAUUGAUAGUGACUCGGAGGGCGAUGCCGAGGAUUAUACGGUGCAGAAGCUGGGUCACCAGGUCACCUACCCGCCCAACAGUUCCCACCUGCGCGACCUUAACCAGGGUCUAACGGUGAUCAGUCGUCAGGUGGCGCCGGGUCAGGCGGAAGUCCCACCUCCAAAUCCCCUGGAAGCUGGGGUCGUUGCCAAGCAGAUAUUGAAUGGCAAUCUGGCCCUGGCCACGCCCACUUCCCCGGCGGGCGGAGCAACCCAGGGAAUCGGUAGCAUCGCCCUGACCAACUCCACGGAUGUGACCUUCGGUGAUAAGCACUUCUACGAGGGACCCGUGACGAUACAACAGUUUCUCAUCGACAAUCGGGACAAGUGGAAAGCGGGCGAAGGACCGGGCGAUGGACAGGAUAAUCCCGCCUUCAAUGGGGGUGUAACCACAAAUGGGAAUGAGCCGGGUUCCAAGCUGGAUGAUCCGGCGCAGCCACCACCCCUCUGCCCCUUUCUGCCCAACACUAUAGGUCGCAAGGCUGUCACAAUAACGGUGGUUUUUGUCCUUUUAACCAUCUUGCUAGGCAUCGUACUGGCCACCACCACAAACCUCUUCGGCAAGUCGUUGAACCAAAUUGAUGAUUCCGAAGUCCAUGUCGACGGAAAACUAGUUGUGAUCGGUAUAAAGAGCUGGGGCGGUGUGGUGACUAGGGGAACGCUAGAGCCCCUGAAUCUUCCGGUCUCCAGGGUAAUAAUAUCCGAUACUCCAACCGAAACAUGUGACACGAGAGAAUCCUGCUCUUAUUGGGUCCGCGUGACGCAGAGCAAGCACAUGGACUCAUUUAACUGGGGUCAAAUAGGAUACAAUUUUAUGGUGGGCGGGGAUGGUCGCGUUUACGAGGGGCGGGGCUGGAACUACGUGGGUGCGCAUACGCGGGACAACAACGAUAGCAGCAUCGGUAUUAGCUUUAUUGGUAGCUUCCGACGGAACGAGCCAACGCCGAAAUCAUUGGAGGCCUGUCAGUUGCUUUUGGAACAAGGUGUUCGCCUGAAGAAACUAAAGCCCGAUUACCAACUCCUGGGACAUCGGCAGAUAACGGGAACCCUAAGGCCCGCUGAGGAGCUCUACAGGAUCAUCCAAACUUGGCCACACUGGUCUGGACAAUAUUGGUGGAGGAUUGAUACUUCGAUUUGUGGAGCGUCAGCAAUGGCUAGCCCAGCCGCCGCAGAAGAAGAUUCCGGAUCUGGAGCAGCCCGUGAAAUUGGUAAUAGUCCUGCCCACAAAUUCCGAUGACUGUACCACCCAGGCGCAGUGUGUGUUCCGAGUACGAUUGCGUCAGUCCUUCGAUAUAGAGUCGGUGCAGGAGGACGAUAUAGUCUUCAAUUUCCUGAUCGGCGGCGAUGGCAAUGUGUACGUGGGACGUGGAUG